AGGCGGCUCCGCACACCCAAGAUGGCGGCGGUGGAGCUGGAGUGGGUGCCCGAGACGCUCUAUAACACGGCGAUCUCGGCGGUGGUUGAUAGUUACGGGCGAGCCCGGCGCCGGGAUAUCCGCUCGCUCCCCGAGAAUAUCCAGUUCGACGUUUACUAUAAGCUGUACCAGCAGGGCCGCUUAUGCCAGCUGGGUAGUGAAUUUUGUGAACUAGAAGUUUUUGCCAAGGUGCUACGAGCUUUAGAUAAAAGACAUCUGCUUCAUCACUGUUUCCAGGCUUUGAUGGACCAUGGAGUAAAAGUUGCUUCUGUCCUGGCUUAUUCUUUCAGCAGACGGUGCUCCUACAUAGCAGAGUCAGAUUCUGCUGUAAAAGAAAAAGCAAUCCAGAUUGGGUUUGUUUUAGGGGGUUUCCUCUCAGAUGCAGGCUGGUACAGUGAUGCAGAGAAGGUGUUUCUUUCCUGCCUUCAGUUAUGCACCCUUCAUGAUGAAAUCCUGCACUGGUUUCGUGCUGUAGAAUGUUGUGUAAGGUUGCUGCACGUCCGAAAUGGGAACUGUAAAUACCACUUGGGAGAGGAAACUUUCAAGCUGGCUCAGUCUUACAUGGACAAACUGGCAAAACACGGGCAGCAGGCAAACAAAGCUGCACUCUACGGGGAGCUGUGUGCACUGCUCUUUGCCAAGAGCCACUAUGAUGAGGCUUACAAAUGGUGUAUAGAAGCUAUGAAGGAGAUCACAGUUGGGCUGCCUGUAAAAGUAGUAGUGGAUGUUUUACGACAAGCUUCAAAGGCUUGUGUUGUAAAACGUGAAUUUAAGAAGGCUGAGCAGCUGAUAAAACAUGCAGUUUACCUUGCCCGGGAGCAUUUUGGAGCCAAGCACCCCAAAUACUCUGAUACGUUACUAGAUUAUGGAUUUUACUUGCUCAACGUAGACAAUAUAUGCCAAUCUGUUGCAAUCUAUCAGACAGCUCUUGAUAUCCGGCAGUCAGUAUUUGGAGGUAAAAACAUUCAUGUAGCUACAGCUCAUGAGGACUUGGCUUACUCCUCAUACGUUCACCAGUACAGCUCUGGGAAAUUUGACAAUGCACUAUUCCAUGCUGAACGUGCUAUUGGCAUUAUAACUCACAUUCUCCCAGAAGACCAUCUUCUCCUGGCAUCUUCAAAGAGAGUUAAAGCACUUAUCCUGGAGGAGAUCGCCAUAGACUGUCACAACAAGGAAACUGAGCAGAGGUUACUUCAAGAAGCUCAUGACUUGCAUCUGUCCUCACUCCAGUUAGCUAAAAAAGCCUUUGGGGAGUUUAAUGUACAAACAGCAAAGCACUAUGGCAACCUUGGCAGACUGUAUCAGUCCAUGAGGAAGUUUAAGGAAGCAGAAGAAAUGCACAUCAAGGCAAUUCAGAUUAAGGAGCAGCUUCUGGGUCAGGAAGAUUACGAAGUUGCCCUGUCCGUGGGUCAUCUCGCCUCCCUCUAUAACUAUGAUAUGAAUCAGUAUGAAAAUGCUGAAAAGCUUUAUUUGAGAUCCAUAGCAAUUGGAAAGAAGCUUUUUGGUGAAGGAUACAGUGGACUUGAAUACGAUUACAGAGGUCUCAUUAAACUGUACAAUUCCAUUGGCAAUUAUGAGAAAGUUUUUGAAUACCACAAUAUUUUGGCCAACUGGAACCGGUUGCGGGACCGGCAGUUCUCAGUCACGGAUGCUCUGGAGGACGUAAGCACCAGCCCUCAGUCCACUGAAGAAGUGGUGCAGUCUUUUCUGAUGUCUCAGAACCUUGAUGGACAGAGUAGCUAAGAACUCAGUCAAUUAACCAGUUAAGGUUUUUUUUUUUUCCCCCCCUCCCAGGUUCCAGGGGGAAAAGUCAUACUGUGAAAUCUCUAAACCAUGUAGUUCUCUGGGGGCUGGAAUUUGCAUUGAAACACUGGUCCAGUCUGCUGAAGAGUGCCCAUCCGGAUGAAUGUGUGUGAAAUCCUUCUCAGCAUGUGUAUGGCAUGUUUAGCUCAGCUCACAUUUUUAACUUGGUAUUCGUGAAAAACCCCUUCUUUCUCUUUUUCAAAAGGAGCUACUUUGCAGAAAGUCUGCAAGAAAACCUUAAAUAAAACUGUUUGAGUUCAAAAGAGUUGCAUUCUUGUUAUGAGUGGAAGGUGUCAUCAAGAGCUUGCUUCUGAUGCAUAGAGAGAAUAAAUGCUGAACUGUAAGAAGUGACACGAGAAAGAUGUUUCUGCUGUGUGCAUUGUAGCAAAGUUAAUCAUAAAGAUCAAGAAAAGGGGGAAUGCCCUUAGCCUUGGCUGCUGCCUUACGAAGUGGAGUGGCAAGUAACCACUUUGGAGAGCACCAUCCUCCUCUUAAACCACCAUAGGUUGUUAAGCAAGUCACCACCAUGUGCUGUUCCUGAUAUCCUGAACUGGACCAGUGUUCAUCUGUGAGAGAAGAUCCAGUAGACCAGCAAUCUUAGUUUCCUUUGGCACCAUCCAAGAGUGCUUAUCUUCUGAACAGGACCAGGAAAAUCAAAAGUGGACCAGCCUACUAGAAACAGUUUUUGGACCAGUGGCUUUAAUUUAAUAUUUCUGCCCCUGCAUUCACUUUUACAGUAGGAGUCUUUCAUUUAGAUGUAUGAUCAGUGCAAAAUUAUAUUCAUGUAAUAGAUACAAAACUAGGAAGUGAACGUUCUGUAGUGGUUGCUAUGGCAUGUCUGUACCUAGUGAGCUUAGAGAAAUGUUGAUGGCAGUGCCACAAGCAAAAACUAGAAGUGCUUAACUCUCUUUGCUGCAGCCAUCUUCUUUUCCUUUUGGAAUGGGCUUACUCUGAUAACUGAGGCAGUAACUUGUUUAUACCAGUCAAUAGUUUUGUAUUACAAUCCAGUUCCAUUUUAUGUUUCUGGAGAACACAACUUCUUGUACAGUUUGCAGGGGUCAGUGGAAAAAUGCCAAAAAAAGCACAACAGGUCUUUUUCUUUUUUUUUUUUUUGUGAUGCUUCAUUUCUACAUUAAACAACAGUACAACCAGAAACUGAUUCCUUUAUGUUAAUUUAAAAAAACAGAAGUCAGCUGUAAAGAUUGUUUAAUAAUGCCUAUCUCACUAGCUUGUCUUAAUUUUUCUUCUGUUGCAGGGGCUGCUUGGUUGUGUGUUGUUAUUAAUUUGGGUUGUGUGCUUUUGGUUGUGAAUUUGUUUUUCUUUUUAAUGUUAAAAUAAUCCUCAUUUGAAAGUCUGUGUAACAUAGCAAACUAGGAACAACUCACUGCUGUUACCUCAGUUCUUACAGCAGCACAAGCAGUGCUCCUGUAGUUAAGGGUUCUGUCAGGUUUGGGUUUUCUCCCUUCACCCCCCUAUUUUCAGGGGUUGAACUUGGCCAUGGGAGGUCAGUCCAAGCUGAGGCUCAAAGCCCAGUUCCUCCAGGGCUUGGACUGGAUGGGUUGUUUAGGGUCUGAUCUUAAUUUGUUUAUGGAGUCUGGGACAGGGAAAGCUGCUUGUUGGUCUUCAAGAAAGAGAUGGGAAUUUCAGACAAGACUUUAGAGCUUAAUGGCUCUUUUAAGAACUGAAAUUUUGCAGGCCUUCAGUUCCAUGUACUGGUGCCUUCAAGGAUAUUGUGGGGGGAAAGACUGAAUAAUAGCAACUUAAAAAUGCAGUUCUGUAAUUGGUGAGUGCUGAUUUGAUGAUUGCUUAUGUGGAAUAUCUUCACUGAUGUGAAAAGUGUUGCAUAAAACCUGUGGUAUGAAGACUUAGGCUGUGGAAUAUCCUCAGUGGCUGCUCGGUGAAAAGCCAACAUAAAGUUAUGCAUGGCUUUAAAAUCCAGUUUAUUUCUUGCAGAUUUUUGUUUUAUUGCUUUUAUGUACAAGAAACAUUCAGCUGUCUACAAGGCAAAACAUUUUUAUCCCAUACAGCAGGACAGGAUGAGUAAAAAAGUUCUUACAAAUCCAUAAGUCCUAUCAAAACUAUUUAAUAUUAAAUAAAGUAUGCAAUGUAGUGCCAGAAGUCGGGCAAGGAAGGGGUGCUUCAAGUUGUCCUAAAGAAGCUGUGUAAUUUCUGCACUGCAGAAGUGUGUAAAAGCUUCAAACUGGGUACAUGGGUUUACAGAUGGUCUGGACACCUUUUAUUUGCUCAGGGUUUCCAGUCUUGGGUCUCCAUUUCCAGCUUUUGAUGAAGGAAUCUCAAAGACCUUGAUGGUUUUAUGUUUGGGAUGAGGAGCAUGGUUUGCCUGAUGCUGGUGAAAGCGUUCCAGAUGACCCACUGCUGUCAUUUCAGCUCUGGUUUUUGUGGGUUUCAUGGUUUGCCUCCAAGUCAGGGCAAGGAGGAGAACUUCCACCACGGGUGGGCUAGGGAGGUGUCACACCUCUUAGAACCAAGAGCAUUGGUUCACUUUGGUUAAUCAGAAGCUUUAUUCUCAGCUCUUGCUGACUGGACACUCUGCUUCUUUCUUCUAAAGCUGUUCCACCAGCAUAUUGUCAGCAUUGGCUUGUCUGGAAGGAACAAAGGUCCUAAAAACCACCCAGAAUUGUUUUUUCUAAAGGACUUUGGCCAAAAAAUGUGGCCUGGCCAAGAGUGGCUGCACUGCUCCUUGCAGGACUCCUGGUAUUGCUUUUUAUAGGACUGACUCAAACCUAAACUUGACUCAUGGGUUGAGCUUUGCCUUGUAGCAUCUCCACCAGGCCAGUCAUGCCAAGGCAUGUAAAUUCUGGAGAAAAGGAGCUGUGGCUGAUGGCUUAAAGUUGUUAAAGCACAGGAGGUUUGUACAACAACUUUGCAGCUGCCUACAAGACUCUGUUGCCUGCUCUGCACGCCAUAGCUUGCACCCUUCACCUAACGCUGCCCUUGCUGCAGGUGUAGUGCUUGUUCUCUGUGUGAUAACAAAACCUUUGCUAGUUUUUGGUUCAGUAUCCUAAACUGUGUUCCUGGAAGAUGUCUGUGUUGGCAUCUGGAGGCUAUUGUGGUGUUAGCUGUUAAUUGCUGUGGCUGUCUCUGCUGUUACAGUUCAUUGUUUGAUGUUUCUGAGAAAGCAGGAGUCCCACUGAUGACUUCAGAGGAAGGUAAAUUCUUUGUUGCUCCGUGCCAGUGUGGUUGGAACAGCUCUGGUAGCACAGCUUUGCUGUUUUCAUGCCUCUUGCCCCAGGCAGAGCUGAAGGAGCAGAGGUGUCAGCCCCAGGCUGGGCUCUUUUCCAGUGCAGAACUUGCCAGCACGACCCCUGCCCCGAGGGGCAGAGCUUAGGGAUUCCCUCCUGCCCUUCCCUGAGCAGGUUUUCCAUACACACCUGGAUGUAAGUAUUGGGGAUGGGGGGUCUGUACCUUAGCCUGGCACACUGAGGGGACUCGAGCAGCCAGCUGUGAAGCAGGAGAUCAAAGUUAAUGAAUUAUUGGCAUUUUCUAGAUGCACAAUGCAUCCCCCGAGCAGGUGCUGUUGGUGCUGGCGUUACAGGGAGUGGGAAUGGAGUGAAAUCUGAGUUUUUCUGGAAGGUAAGUCAUUGAAUCACACCAGAGCAAUUGGGUGCAAGUGGUGAGGACAGCUGCCACCCUCAGGAAAAGGACUCUUAAGUCUUGUUUUAAAGAAACCCUUAAUAUUUUAUUUCCAGCUUGUGUCAGUGAUUUGUGUGUCCUGUUCUGUGUGAAUGCUGCAGCUCAUGAAGAGGGUGGAAGGUGAGGUCAGGAUUCUUCACUUGGGACUGGGGCUGUUGGGGAUGACUUGGUAUAGGAAGGGAAGAGUACACAAAGAUUUUAACAGCUGACAAACAGGAAGGGGAAAAUAGCAAAAAAAUGUUUUUGAAGGUAAAUGUAUCCCUCGGCUACUUGAAGUAAACCAACCAGUGUCUGUUUGGCCCCAAACAGUUUUUUGGUCUCAUUUAUAGGAUGAUAAUUACAACCAGUAAGGGUUUGCCUUGGUGUCCCAGUCCUCAUGUGCACUCUGUCCAUACCUAUUGUUUAAGAUGUUUGGUUUUUUUUCUUUGCAGACCAUUUUUGUUAAAUAAUUUUGAAGGGGUUGAGUUGUUGAAUUCUAACUUACUAGGACAACAAUGUUGUUUUGUAACUUUAAAAAUGAAGUUAUUCUUUAACUGUGCUGCAGUCUGAGAUUUGCUCAAAGUGCCAUUGUGCUGCUUUUCAUGGUACAAAAAAAAUGCACGUUUAACUUGAUUUCCUUUUUAUAGUCCUACGUGUUGGUAGAGUACAAAAAGGAAAAUGCACCGUGCCUAAAACAUGGUUGAACUUUACUUAAUUUACAAGGAUCAGGUUUGACUUGGCAGGCUUGCAGCAAAUAGUGUGAGGAGAUUUUACUGUUGUCAGUCUUUAAACAGAAAUCUUUCCCUUGGCUGCCUGGACAGAAACCUUAUUUUAUUUAAAUGUCAUUGUUUCCCUUCUUUUUUUUUUUCCUUAUGUUUUAUCAUAAGAAAACCACUGGCCAAAUGUCAGCUGCAAGCCUGACUCUUGGUUGUGGUUUUUCCCACGUUUGACACGACUGGCCUGUUGUACCUCAUGUUUCUUGGCUUGGUGAGGUUUCUGUCAGAAUGGGGGGAAGAUAUUUCCUUUACCUAGAAACAAAAACUAAACUUUGGAGGAAAAAUUGGCAGCACUGGUAAAUGCUUUUGUCCCUAAAUCUCAGGAAUGUUUUAGGCAGUGAAACAGGUUUCCCUUCAGUGAUACAAAGGUGCGUGCUCUAGGGUCUUGUUUAACAAUAUUUCAUUGCAAUCCUAGGUAUCUAUAGCAUGAGUGGCCUUAGUGAGUUUGUUGAAGUGCACAUUUUCUUUUUUUUUUUUUUUUCUUUUUUUCUCCUCAAAAGUAAAUUUUAAGAUGAAAAAAGAUAUAUACUAUAUAAAUAUAUAGAGAUAUUUAGAAACUUGGUUUGUGGUGCACAAGUUCAGUGUUGGAUCGCUAAAUAAGUGUCGCAGGUACCAUAUGUGUAAGGGUUUUUCUUUCAUGUAUAUUUCUUUAUGGGAAGCAAUGUUGCCAUGGUAACUACAACUUUACAAUUUCUUUACUACUUAAUGAUGUGAAUGAACUCUACAUUUUAUUGAAUAUUACCAAGGUUCAGUACUAUUUUUAUACUUUAUUGAACUACAGGGGAUUUUAAUUUAAUAGCAUUUAAAACAAACAAACAAAUGUUGCUUGAACUGUGUAACUGUAUAAAUCAAACUACUCACACAAACCCCACCUCUAAACCUGAAUCACUACCUGUAGUGCCACGUUUGUUUCUAUGAGAGUAUCUUGAGCAUUACUAGACUUUGAAGACCCACCCUACUUGUGUCAAGAUAGUUUCCUAUCCUACUUCUCACGGACUGCAGUGCCCAACAUUAUUUGUAACCAUCAAACCAUACUAUGUUUGUAACCAGCAUUGUGAUAUUCUGUAACUGUAUUGCUAAAAUGAAAUAUUGACCUAAUAAAUAUAGUGUUCCUGCA